AUGGGUGAUGUUGAGAAAAGCAAGAAUAUUUGUGUUCAGAAGUGUGCCCAGUGCCACACCACGGAAAAGGGAGGCAAGCACAAGACUGAGCCUAACCUCCAUGGUCUCUUUGGGUGGAAGACAGGUGCCAUUGGAUUCUGCUACACAGACACCAGUAAGAACAAAGACAUCACCUGGGGAGAGGACACACUGAUAGAGUAUUUGGAGAAUCCAAAGAAUUACAUACCUGGAACAAAAAUGAUCUUUGGCGGCAUUAAGAAGAAGGGAGAAAGGGCGGACUUGAGAUCUUAUCUCAAAAAAGCUGCUCAUGAGUAA